UUAGUAAAAUUUGCAAAUAGAAAACUAUGAAUUUCCUGCAAAAUAAUAUAGAACAUUAUACACCCACCAAAGAACUACUAAAACCCUUUCAUCAAAUCAAGUGUUCUCAACCAGAAUGCACUAGCAUCUUUACUAACCAGGCCAAUUACGAAAUGCACUUGGAGAAGCAUCAUCGUUUAGCUCCAGCCGAAAAGUCAACUCACACCAGACUAUUUUAUUGUCCGGAACACAAAUGUGUAUACAAUUAUGACAAACCACAAAGUAAACACUUUAAAAAUUUCAAAUAUUUACGGCAACAUUAUCAAAAGGUGCAUUUGAGUAAGGAUUUCGUGUGCGAGGAAUGCAAAAAGUCGUUUGCCACAGAAACUCAGCUAAAGAAACAUCAGAAGGAGAUGUGUGGUAAAAAAUUUGUUUGCAAUGAUUGCCAAUGGUCAUACGAUUCUAUGGAAGCUUUGUUAACGCAUGGCAAGAGAAAGGGUCAUAAUGUUAAGGAAAUAAUAAUGGCGGUAAAGAAAAAUGUAGGUAAAAUGGCUAUAAAACCUUUGAAGAAAAUAAACAAGGAGGAAUUGCCUGCAGAAAUACCCAAGCAGCAAGUGGCUAAAGAAAUACAAGUUGAUUUCUGUCCUAAACUGGUGUGUGCUACAAGUGUGCAAACAGAUUUCCUAAACGAUUUACACGAAACGAAUAGCAAUCAAGAUCUUUCCAAUGCUUUAGAUGAAAUCCACUCACUGCUACGAGAUAUAGAGACACAAACAGAGCCUUUUUUGUCGUCCACUUCUACAGAAAAUCACAAUUAUUUGGAUCAAAUGUUGGCCCAAUCUUCUCACAUGUACACACAAACUUGUGAUGAUUUUCUCACAGAAUUGGGCUUAUCCGAUAUACAAACCCAAACAAAUUGGCCCUCGCCCAAUCCCCACAAUGAAACGGGUAAUGUACAAUUUACCUCAACAGCCACUUCCACCAAUCCCUGUAUUCACGAUGAACUGCUUGUUUCCACUGAAACACAAACAAGUUUUACUCAAUGUUUGCUAAAUUCUUGCACUGAUGCGGGAACCAGUACACCUCCCGUUACAUUUGGCAGUCUCUAUCAUACUCAGCAUACGCAAACGGGUGAUCAUUUGCUAGAGAGUUUUGAUUUUGGUGGUCAAGCCUCUGAUUUGAUUGAUGGUUUUCAGUCGACUUAUACACAGACAUGAUGGUACGAUUGGGAUUUCGAGGGAAGUCUGGAUAGAGAAGGUGGUGCUGAUGUUGGCGGUAGUGUUAUGAAAAAGUCGGAAUGUGAAGAGAAAGUGUAAAAGGAAAUGAAAAGAAAAAAUCUAUUAUUAAAUUUUGAUUUAGGAUUAAUAAAUUAAAUGUAAUUAUAAAAUAAAAUUAGGUUAAGAAAUAUAUGUAUAUGAACUAUUU